GUUACGUAGGGUUGUCGUCAUCAGCUGUCAGUUCGUUGCCGCAAUGGCUUCCUGUUUGCUCCUCCGUGGAUGUAUUACGAGAGGUUUCCUCUGUCCCGCUGCUCUCUAAAGAUGAGGCAUUUAGUCGACGCUGUUCAGCUGCCGGUUUUACAAAGUAGCACCGUGUCGUGGGCGGCUCAACACGCAGCCGAGACCCGCGAGACGUAGAGCGCGAGGAGAGGGACGGCAGCGCUGCGUCAGCAUGCUGUUAUCCCAGCUGCCAGAAGAUGUUCUCUAUCAUAUCUUGUCUUAUUUGGACUACACAUCUCUCAGCCGCCUCUCCCAAGUUUGUAAAACUAUUUACCACUUUGUAAACCGGGACGCUGUGUGGAGGAAGAUUGCCAAAGAGUUUUUAAACACUGGAAUCACUCGGAAUGGGACGGACAUAUAUCCUUCCAUCCCACUGAAGGAAAGAGUAAAGGCAGCUCAAAACUGGUACAAUGGGGUCUGCAAAAAAGCAAUUCCUCUCAAAUGGAGAACAAAACUGUUACCAUGGUUGCAGCUGGAUGGGGACACACUGUUUCUGUCUCAGGCUGCUGAUAUCGGAGCGUACCAUCUGCGCCAAGACUCCGGGAAGCUCCAGCGUAACCCAUUUGAAAUCUACUCGGGCCAAAAGGGUGAUGUCUGUCGCUUUGUUGUGACGGACUCUCACCUGAUCAGUGGUGGAAGUGAUGGCAGUAUCCUGGUUCACAGCAGGAGGGGGGACACGUUGGCCGAGUUAUCGGGUCAUAACCAGGAAGUCAACUGCCUGGACUCUAAAGAUGGACUCAUCAUCAGUGGAUCCAGAGACCGGACUGCCCGGAUUUGGACUUUGACUUCCGGCUGUCCCAGAGACACCAUCCCCAUGUAUGACAGAGUGUGGUCUGUUGCUAUUAGUCCCACACUGAGAACCUUUGUAACAGGCACCGCAUGCUGUGAGAACUUCUCCCCUCUUCGCAUCUGGGAUGUUGAGCGGUCGGAGUGUGUGUGCAUUCUGGGCUCGGAGUUCCGCCGCGGGGCGGGUGUGUUGGACAUGGUGUUUGAGUCUCCGUUCCAGCUCUUCACCUGCAGCUAUGAUACCUUCAUUCGACUGUGGGACCUCCGACUCAGCCCACGGAAGUGUGUGAUGGAGUGGGAGGAGCCUCAUGACAGCGCUCUGUACUGCAUCCAGACAGACGGGAACCACAUGAUAGCUAGCGGGUCCUCGUACUACGGGGUCGUACGACUCUGGGACAAACGGCAGACUGAAUGCCUGCAGUUCUUCCAGCUGAGCUCCCACCCAGUGAGCAGCCCCGUGUACUGCCUGAGGUUCAACAGCUCUCACCUGUACGCCGCCCUGGCCACCUCGCUGCACUCACUGGACUUCAGACAGAACCACAUCUACAUCAGAUGACACACAACACACACACACACACACACACACACUUUCAAAUGCAUCGAAAUAAAGCUGUCUAUUUUCACACAAAA